AUGACUGUGGUAGUGUCGUCGGCUCUUGUUAGCGACGCCCCGAUGACUGUGGAAGUAGUGUCGUCGGCUCUUGUUAACGACGCCCCGAUGACUGUGGUAGUAGUGUCGUCGGCUCUUGUUAGCGAAGCCCCGAUGACUGUGGUAGUAGUGUCGUCGGCUCUUGUUAACGACGCCCCGAUGACUGUGGUAGUAGUGUCGUCGGCUCUUGUUAACGACGCCCCGAUGACUGUGGUAAUAGUGUCGUCGGCUCUUGUUAGCGACGCCCCGAUGACUGUGGUAGUAGUGUCGUCGGCUCUUGUUAGCGAAGCCCCGAUGACUGUGGUAGUAGUGUCGUCGGCUCUUGUUAGCGACGCCCCGAUGACUGUGGUAGUAGUGUCGUCGGCUCUUGUUAACGACGCCCCGAUGACUGUGGUAGUAGUGUCGUCGGCUCUUGUUAGCGACGCCCCGAUGACUGUGGUAGUAGUGUCGUCGGCUCUUGUUAACGACGCCCCGAUGACUGUGGUAGUAGUGUCGUCGGCUCUUGUUAGCGAAGCCCCGAUGACUGUGGUAGUAGUGUCGUCGGCUCUUGUUAGCGAAGCCCCCGAUGACUGUGGUAAUAGUGUCGUCGGCUCUUGUUAG